AUGUCUACAAGACUGUUGGAUGUCGUCCAAAUCGACGAUGGCAUAGUACCAACUCACAGCGACCUUCAGCUGAGGCCAUUGAAUGUUGAGAGGGGUGAUACUAGGUUUCGCGAAGCAGACGGAGUUUUCCCACCUGGAGCUGCAUCAUGGAGGAACAACUUGACAGCCCUGUCGCAGAAAAGGAAUUUAUUUUUUGUGGCAUAUCGCCAUCAGGUAUACGUAUGGGAACCCGCGGGGUCACGGCAGAUCCUUGGAGCAAAGCCGAUAAUGAUUAUCACUCCCAUGAUGAAACAACCAAACGCUAGGGGAUACAUAUCUUGGGAGUUCCCUCACGCAAUAAAUAACCUGGUUGUUGACGAUCUGGGCCGUGAUGAAAUCUUACUUCUUGCCACCGACUCUGGAAACAUUUGCGGGUACCAUGUCGAAACUAUAUUCUCAGAAAUCGCUCGUGGCAGGGAAAAUGGACAGAAGAGUCCGUUCUUAUACCAACACACAGACCCCUUUUUUUGUGAGAACGUGGGUGCUAGUGCUUGGGGCUUGGCUGUCCAUAAAUACGCCCGCUUGAUUGCUGUCAGCGCAAAUACCUGCGUUGUCACAGUCUUUGCGUUUGCCCUGGCUGAACCUCACUCGGGAAAAGAUGACGACUCGGAUGGCCAACAAGAAUUAGUUGAAGAUUGCCAAAAUUACCAACAAAACUGGCUGUGCAUCGAUAAACCCGAGCAACUUGAACAGCUUCGGAAGUCAAUACCUAGAAACCACCGUUCACGUAAUAUGAGAUUGUCAUACAAGGGCCAUUGCACUAACAUCCCAAACGUCGCAUUCUUCAACAGUGACCUGGACUCUAAUGGGAUGUGGAUGUUGAGUACUGAUAUCGACAAUCGACUUAUUGUCUGGGCCAUUUGGAAUAACCUUGUUCCAUUUGUACAAUUUGAUUUUCAUGAUGGUAGCCCCUUACCUGACAUAUUACGCUCGGAAGAACGAGGCUGGAAUGUGUUGGCCCUUGACCCACGCAGUUUUCGCACUCAUGGUCUGUAUACCGAGGCUUGCGGCGGAAAGCCAUAUAUACGACGUGAACACGGUCCGCCAGUGCUAGACAUCACGAAUAUAAGUCAAAAUGUUCGGGAUUCCUCGACGUUAUUCGACUCUUUUCAGCCUCUUUCCAGAGAUGAUGAGGAUGAGCCAUCAUUCCCAGAUAUAUUUGAUAGCGAAAGUUUCAUUGGAAAAGCUAGCCGUCAUAGUAUUAUAACCCAGAAUCGUUCAACAGAUGCUUCUUCCAGAACUGACCAAGAUGUCACAGCCUCAGACCGGAGAAUAGGCGACAAUGUUGCACAGCAAACAUCAGCAGAUGCAUUAAGCGUGCCACCCGCUCGUCAUGAGCGAAAUGAUGUUGUUAUCUUUUCUGAAGAGUAUAUAAACGAUAACAUUGAGUACGAAGAACCGGAAGGUUCAAUGGAUACAGACUGGGACCAUCGCGUUCAAAAUGUUCUGGAUGUAUUGUCUUCGAUACCAGAAUUUAGCAACGAGGAAGCCGUAAUCUCGGAGUACGCUUACCAAGCCACUCCAACUCCCCGACUCCGAGGAUACGGCUUUACAGAUUUUCCAAUCCUUUGCUUCUCGGAAACAGACAUUCAACUUCUUGAAAACCCCCUUUCGCAGCCCUCUGCCGUUGUGUGCGCGGGUCCACUACGGCAACAUUUCAGCCACACGGUCUAUACAAUAGAUAGCUUCGAUAGAUUCAACAUGGUAAAAUACAUACCGGAGGAUGGAAUCGUGAUUGCGGCAACUCAGAAAGGCCGUGCGGCUAUAAUAUCGUUGGGAAGAGUCUCUGGUGGCGCCCUUACUCUUCGUAUCCAUUGGAUGCUUCCUUUGGCUAGCCAGGAGCGACACGGUGAACGGCCGCUUAUGCCGCUUCUUGGAAUUGCUGUCAGUCCGAUACAGGGGUUUGAGAAGGCGCCAGAUGUGCCUGACGUGCCGUAUAAGGCUAGCAGUCAGGAUGACAUUUCCUUCCACUAUCGCUUCCACGACAAGGGAGGAGCUGAUGGGUGUGAAAAUGUCUCGACCUGGGGCGAAUAUGAAGGGCCUAGCGAUGAAGAGGACGAUCAGAGUGAUGAUAGCUCGUCAACCUCCGAAGACAUGUCGGGUCCUACAGACGCUGAGUGUCAUGGAGCAGCCAACUGGACCUAUCAACCUAGCGAGCCGUGGCAGGGCUGGAACCCGUCUCGUCGAUAUCGACUACUUCUCACCUAUGCAGAUCACACAGUCUUGAGUUAUGAGUUUUGGUAUGAAUGGUCUGGAGCUGUCUUGAAGGACUAUACCCAUACCAGAGGGAAAUACCCAAAUGAUGGCUGUGACGAUUUUCUCUUGCUUUGA